UCAGCUCGGCGUGUGAUUGGCUGUUUCAUGGCACGUGACACUGUUGCUGUCUAUGACUUUCAGUUUCCUGUUUCCUGAAAGAAACUUCUACAGUGUGACAGGUGAGACGGAGCUCCAGUGCUCGCGCGUGCGGUGUGAAAUGAGUUCUGAUUGAAUCAUUAGGAAAGAAUAAUAGGACAAAGCGAAUUCGUCAUGUCGUCGAGUUCAUCACCACUACCACCACCACCAUCUUCUUCAUCUUCCUCCUCGUCGUCUGUGGACUAUGAGUCGAUUCCAGCCAUCGCUCUGAACUAUAGCGUGAGGAAGAAACUCGCUCUGUAUCUGAACCCCAACAACACAGUGGCGGCGGACUGGACGGAAAUCGCCGAGAAGAUGGAGUUCACCUACCUGGAGAUCAAGAACUACGAGAAGAGGGAGAACCCUACGCAGAAGCUGCUGGAGGACUGGCAGACCCGAGGCGGGGCCACGGUGGGGAGACUACUGUCUUUUCUGGAACAGGCAGACCGGAAGGACAUCAUCUUAGACCUGCAGUCUCUUAUAGAUGACGACUGCAGGAAAUAUUUAGAGAGGCAAAAGGAGCUUCCCGUUCAGGUUCCCGAGGUGGACAGCCGGCAGCUGGAUCGAGGGCUCACUGUGAACGACGGUCACAUACCGGAGAUGUUCAACGCUUUCAUUUGCUACUGCCAGAGCGACAUCCAGUUUGUCCAUGAGAUGAUUCGACAGCUGGAACAGACCGAGUACAACCUGAAGCUGUGCGUGUUUGACCGCGACGUCCUGCCCGGGACGUGUGUGUGGACCAUCACCAGCGAGCUUAUCGAGAAAAGGUGUAAGAGGAUGGUGGUGGUCAUAUCUGAUGAUUACUUGGACAGCGAUGCUUGUGACUUCCAGACUAAAUUCGCCCUCAGCCUUUGCCCAGGAGCUCGGACCAAGCGUCUCAUUCCCGUGGUCUACAAGUCCAUGAAGAGGCCUUUUCCCAGCAUUCUGCGCUUCCUGACAGUGUGUGACUACACCAGACCCUGCACACAGUCCUGGUUCUGGAUUCGACUGGCCAAAGCUCUGUCCCUGCCCUGAGCGCCGGAAGUCCACAACCGCCGCUACUGUUUACACGCACCGCUUCACGUCCGGGAAAUUUCCAGUUUGGGUUCUAGUCGCGUUUUUCUAGCUGCCGAACCGACUUUCAAAUUUUAAGUAAACAGUUUUUAUUCUCAACUUAAGACUCACUGUAUGGCCAAAAGUUUGUGGACACCUGACCAUUAGAUUCAUGUGUGCUUUUUUUUUAACGUUCUACACCGAGUCCCCAUUUGCUCUUAUAAUCACCUUCACUCUUCUGGGAAGAUUCUGUGUAUCUCUGAUGUUCAACAUCGUUGGAGCUUUAUGUCAGGAGAUCUCCCACUCCAACCCAUGUUUCAUGCACAAGGGGCGUCGUCAUGCUGGAACACGUUUGUCUCUUUCAGUUCAAGUGACGGGAAAAUGUCAUGCUCCUUCACAAUGAUGUGCCUCCAGACAGAAGAGCCACAUAUGGCUGAAAAAGGCAGGUGUCCUAAUACUUUUGGCUAUCAGUGUAUAAUGCAUUUAAAAAAUUGUUACAAGAGCAGGAUAAGGGGGAGGAGGAAUCCUAAGCCACGCCCACUUGUUUUAAACCUGAAUACAGAGUAUUUGGAGCAUUAAACACAUACACAGAGUGUGUGCGCAUGGCCAACAGUAUGCAAACUCCCUGUCAUCACACCCACGAGCCUGGUGGACAUCUCAUCCCCAAACCGUGGCCUUUUAAUAGUCAUAUUUAUAUUUUCUGUAGCAGCCACUGCUUUUCUUGAAGAUGAUGAGAUGUUGAAGUGUGUGUGCUUAUUAAGGGCACAAAACAAAAACACGUUUUAUAAAAAUUUCAUGGCAUUACCACACCGAGCUCUUCGGUGUGUGACGGGGGUGCACAUACUUUUGGACGUCUUUCUUAUUUUUUCAUCGAGUGCAAUGCAGAAUUUAUAUUAUUAGCUUGUCGGUGGCUUUGUGCAAAAUUUACUAUUUUAUGAGGUUAUAUUUUUAAAGUUUUUAAAUAUUGUAUUAAUAAUUAUACUUUAAUUACUUCAUUAACACUGAUAA